AAAUCCAACUAAGAAAAAAAAAAUGCACAGAGCUAUGGACUAAUGUGAGUUGGUUCCCCUAAACUAGUUCCAGAAGAAGCGUGAACUAACAGAACAGACAAAUGCAGAUUGUUUCAUACGCGUCUUAAAUUUUAUCUUCGAGGUUGCCUCUGCCAACCGCAAUUUCCUUCAUUUGAAUUUUAAGCAUAGCGAGUUCGUUAUUAGGGGAAAUCGGAAAUGCAUCGCCAACAGCAACACCAACAGCAACGUUCUCUCUUUCAUUGAUUUACUCGGAUCUUAUUUUCUUCCCGAAGAUUGAGCGAAAUUGAGGUUCUCUGUAGAGAUGAGUUGCUUUUCGUGCUUUGAUGUGAGGAGGGUUGAAAUCGAUAAUGGCGCUCGAUCUGCUACUGCUUCUGCUACUGCUAAUGCUACCUCUUCAGAGGGUGAAAGGAGGAGAGAAUCCUCAGAGGGGAAGGGGAAGAGUGUGAGUAGUAGCAAAGGAAAUACGGCAGCGGCUAGUUUUGGCUUUCGCGAACUCGCAGCGGCAACGAGGGGUUUCAAGGAAGUUAACUUAAUCGGGGAAGGUGGUUUUGGUAGGGUUUACAAGGGUCGUCUUUCAACGGGGGAGCUUGUUGCGGUGAAGCAAUUGAGUCAUGAUGGGAGGCAAGGUUUUCAGGAAUUUGUGACGGAGGUUCUUAUGUUGAGCCUGCUGCAUCAUUCUAACCUUGUUAAGUUAAUUGGUUACUGCACUGAUGGGGAUCAGAGGCUUUUGGUUUAUGAGUACAUGCCCAUGGGUUCACUCGAAGAUCAUCUUUUUGAUCCUAGCCAAGACAAAGAGCCUCUAAGUUGGAGUGCUCGAAUGAAGAUUGCUGUUGGAGCUGCUCGUGGCCUUGAGUAUCUCCAUUGUAAAGCGGAUCCACCUGUAAUCUACAGAGACUUGAAAUCUGCGAACAUCUUAUUAGAUAAUGAAUUCAACCCAAAACUAUCAGAUUUUGGGCUUGCUAAACUCGGACCUGUUGGAGACAAUACCCAUGUUUCAACCAGAGUGAUGGGAACAUAUGGCUACUGUGCGCCAGAGUAUGCCAUGAGCGGCAAACUAACUCUUAAAUCCGAUAUCUAUAGCUUUGGUGUGGUUUUGUUGGAGUUGAUCACUGGACGUAGGGCAAUAGAUGCUUGUAGAAAACCAGGAGAGCAAAACUUGGUUUCAUGGUCUCGUCCAUAUUUCAGUGACCGGAGAAAGUUUGUACACAUGGUUGACCCUCUUUUACAAGGAAACUUCCCCUUGCGCUGUUUGCAUCAGGCAAUUGCUAUAACUGCUAUGUGUCUUCAGGAGCAACCGAAAUUCCGUCCACUUAUUGGUGAUAUUGUUGUUGCACUGGAAUACCUAGCUUCUCAGAGUAUUCCUGAAGUCCAUAGACAUGGUGGGCGCAGCCCACCACAGCAACCAUCUUCAGAAAUGGACAGAAAUUAAUAUUCACAGGUUGGAGCUGGAGUGUUAUUGAGUGACAGUAGUGCUGAUGUAAAAUGAAGGGUAGUUAUUUAUUUAUUUAUAUUUUAAUUGAGAGCGGGUAUAAAUGCUUUGAAAUUGUGAGUAUACAGUACUUCUUUACGCGGGCCUUGUUUUCAGAAAGGAUAGUUUAGCGGGUGUACUUGUACCUAUUCUUCUGGAAGUGCUGUAUUGGGCUUUAGAGCACUUUUGGACUAGGAUAUUGAACCUGCAUUCAGUGACACAGAACAGCGAGUUUCUAUGUCAUGUUAAACCAAGAUGACAGAGUUGUGUAUUUCCAAAAGUGUAAUUAAAGUACUACUGUUUACACAACUCACUUUUAAAAAUUAAAACACAAUUUUGUACAUGUUUAUAGAGAGGUUUUUGCAAUAUAUGCUAAAACCAACAGCUUUCAUAAAGUUGGAUUUUCUUGUGUUGUGCAGCAAUUGUUACUCUUAAAUGUACGAC